GGAACCCUAAUGACCCUAUCACUCAUCGGUCGGGAGGCUCAUCCAGUGGAAAAUAGCGGAGAAAAAUGAAUCCUUACCUCUGGCAUAAGGUCGCUGCUGUCUCUGGAGUAGCAGCUCUCGGGUUAGGAACAUACGGUGCCCAUGGUUUCAAGCCCCAAAACCCCACUUACAAAGAGGUGUGGCAAACAGCAUCACUUUAUCAUCUGGUUCACACAGUUGCCCUUGUUGGUGCUCCAAUUGUUAAAAACCCCAACAUCUUUGGAGGCCUUUUGACUGCUGGGAUUCUUGCUUUCUCGGGGACGUAAGUGUCUGGAUCUUUGAUUUUUAUGGAACUAGACAUGUAAAAUAUUUAAGAUGCUACACAGUGGCAUUUCUUGAGGACAGAAAGUACUCAAUAUUGGCUCCAUUUGGUGGCUUUGCUUUCAUAGCUGCUUGGGGAAGUUUGCUUUUCUGAAUAUUUCGAGUUUCUCCUUUACAGAACCUAACCGUGCAUAAUGCAGGUCAAUUCCAUGUCAUAAACUCUUCCUUGCUUAAUGUGCUCUUUUUAUGUUGAUAUUAUGCCUACCAAAUGUCCUCUGUAUUGAUUGAUGUGGAACAGAACAAACUUUGACAUUAUCGAAAGGGAAAUAAAAGGCAGCACUUGUCAGGUUCCAAAAUUUUGAGUAUGCCUUGUAUAAUAAUUCUAUGUCUAAACU